AAAACUCGGAACCUCCACAAAAAAUGAAGGAAUUAUUGAAGGAGUUCCAAGACAUUCUUCCCGACGACCUUCCGAACGAGCUGCCACCAUACCGAACGCGCCAAUACGAGAUCGUGGAAGUACCAUGUUCGAAGCCGACCUUCCGAACACCAUAUCAGCUCAGCCCCAUGGAGCUAGUCGACAUGAAGAAAUGGAUCGAGUAUCUCCUCGCAAAAGGACUCAUCCGACCAGCCACUUCGCCCUACAGUGCCCCAGUACUCUUCACACCGAAACCAGACGGAAGCCUGCGCAUGUGCAUCGAUUACCGAGCUCUCAACAAGCAGACCAUCAAGAACAAAUACCCAAUCCCUCGAAUCGAUGACCUGCUUGACCAGCUUCUGGAAGCCAUGGUAUUUUCCAAACUAGAUCCGUGGUCCGGGUACUGGCAAGUACAAAUGGCGGACAAUUCCAUCCAUAAAAAUGCCUUCCAAACUCGGUACGGGUCGUACGAGUAUCUGGUAAUGCCGUUCGGACUCACCAACGCACCGGAAACAUUCCAAGCCGAAAUCAACCAUAUUCUACGCCCACUCUUGGACGAAUGCGUGGUGCUUUACCUAGACGACAUCCUCAUAUACUCACGCGACAUGCAGUAGCACGUCCAACACCUGCGACGCG